AUGGGAGAGAGAAGCUGGUAUUUGACAAAACAAGAGAUCGAACAAAACUCUCCAUCGAGAAUCGACGGUAUCGACUUAAAGCAAGAAACUUUCCAACGUUGGUCUUACACUACAUUCCUCCAAGAACUUGGUCAGAGACUAAAAAAUCCCCAGAAAUCGAUAUGGUAUUCGAUAGUACUCUGUCAAAGAUUCUUCACUCGUCAAUCACUCGCUAAGAACGACGGAAGAACAGUCGCAAUCAUCUGUAUGUUCAUCGCCGGAAAAGUUGAAGGGUCACCAAGAUCUGUCGGUGACGUCAUCGCGGUCGGUUACAGGGUUUUAAACGACAAGGAACCGUCGAGACAAGAGUAUGAGAAGUUGAAGCAGACUGUGUUAACAGGGGAGAAGUUUGUGCUCUCUACGUUGAGAUUUGAUCUGGAAAUCGAAAACCCUUAUGAUCUAGUCUAUGAUUGGGUUAAGAGAUCGGUUAAAGUCGAUAGGGAUGCUAAUAAAUUGUCUCAGGCUGCGUUUAAUUUCGUUAACGAUGGUUUAAGGUCGUCGCUCUGUUUACAGUUUAAGGCGAGGCAGAUCGCUGCGGCUGCGAUAUUUCUCGGGUCGAGUUUUGUUAAGGUGAAGUUACCUUGGGAUGGAGAGAAAGUGUGGUGGAGAGAGUUCAAUGUGACGAAGCGUCAAUUGUGGGAGAUUAGUAACCAGACGCUUGAUGUUUAUGAACAGGACUUUCUCGUUCCGGUUAAACAAAGCAAGGAUGAUGAAACUAAAACUUGUCAUCAGGGUCUUGAAGAUCAUAAGGGAAAUGUCAUAAACGUAGCUGAUAAAUCCAGAAAUGUUGUUGGUUAUGUAACUAGUGUCUGA